GUUCAGGUGGCUGCCCCCCGCCCUGCAUUUUUCCGACGGCACCUGCAGCCAGUAUGACAGGUGUGGUGGCGUGGCACCUGCCGCCACUGAGGAUGGCGGCAGCUUGCCCAUCGGGGCUGUAUAGAAAGGACCGCCGCUCAGUGAGGAAAAAUAUCUAGCUUCAUCUCAUCCGGGUCAAAAGAGAAGCUGGAUAAGGUUCGUGGUAGGGAGGAAGCAAGAGACGGGUUCUUCCAGAUCUGGUGGUUGCGCCAUUGCUCGGAGCCGCAUCAGAAGCCAGCCAGGAUGCCAUUCCCAGAUGAAUAUCUGCUAUUUCGCACAGCAGGAAAGGUUUGGGAUUGACCUGAUGGUGUAAAACUGAGUCCUGAUUGCCCAUUUGUGGUUUGGCCGAUGGCAGAGCUGAAGCAUAAGCCGUUCGAACAAGUGCGGCGCGCCAUAAUGAAGAUUCUUAAAUUGAAUGAAGCAACGCAUGAACUCAAUUUGCAUCACAUUUUGUGUGUAAGGACGGUUCCCUCGGCUGCUCCCUACCAUGUGCUCACUGACAUUAUAGGGGAGGCGUCUUGGAUGGCAUUUUUGAAAGUGUCACUCCUUCAAGUUCGUGCUUUCAGACUGUUGGCCUGCUGGACCGUCAAGAAAAGGGACUCUGUUCCAAAUGCAUCUGACAGCAAUAACACAACAGUUCCAGACGAAGGAUAUGAAUCCGAUGAUGGGACCUGGCCAAAUUGCAAGCACGAUAGACCAUGCACCAUCGAAACCUCAUGGCGCACCGAAGACCCAGGACGAAGGUUCUUCCCCUGCCCUCUCUUCAUGCAUUCGGGAGAAGACUGCAAGUUCAGCAAAUGGUUGGACAAGAAGUUCCCUGAGAAUGCAAUCAAAGUCAUCAACAGACUCCAGGACGACGUUGAAUCCCUCCAGCUGCAAGUCGAUAACAUGAAGUGUGAGCUUGAGGAACUCCGUCACCGUCAGAGCAAAAGAGCUACCGGAGAAGCUGUUGCAAGUGAUGGAGACAGGUGCCCCUGUGGCAGCAGCCCUUGCCACUUGGCCUGUCGCAACCGAAGCAAACCUCCUAGAGUGGCCAGGGACAAUUAGAAUUAGGCCUCCAAAUAUGCAGAGUGGUACGUGGCACCACCCUAGUUUCAUUUGUAAUGGAGCUCUUAUGUCCAUUUUGUUGCAACCGUCGUGCUCUGAGAAUGUGAUCUAUGAUCUAGGUAGUUUUAUGAUCUGUUGGUUAUUGUUGAACAAUUCGUCGUUGGAUUUCAAUGAGACGCUGAACAUUCUGAA